AGCAAGUUGAAGCUGAAUCGAAGAGUAAUUUUUUUUGUGACGGUUAGCAAUUUGCCUUUAUCAUUAUCGAUCCCCACUAUUUUGUUUUCCACUUCGCUCAAAACUGAGACACCUAAAGUUGUUGCCAUGUCCAAAGAAAAGAUGAAAAAUGCUGAUAAAUAUGGUCCUUAGGAACAUGAAGCAAUUGAACUAAUGAGCUGUUUCUGUGUAUAUGUCGGGGUCUAGUUGAUAGGAAUGAAUCGUUUGCAAGAAUCUGUUUCCCCUCAACGGAAACGACAAAGAGUGUCUGAGCCCUCCUUGACAAAUGAAGAGCGUCUACUCUAUAAUCUCAUACGUAGUAAAACAAACAUAGGGAUCUCGACACUAGAAAUGAAAAGAGAAACAAAUCUUCCUCCUACUGUGGUCAAUAAAUUCCUGAAGCUACUUGUGUCCAAGGAUAUGGUAAAGGAAGUUCCUACCAUUCAAAACAAAGGUAGAAAACACUUCAUGGCAACAGAGUUUGUACCUUCCGAGGAAAUCACCGGUGGGCAUUUUUAUAGUGAUGGGAAUCUUGAUAAGGAACUUAUAGACGCUUUGAAGAAAGUGUGCGUGAAAUGCAUUUCCAUGCAGAGAGUUUCUACAUGUGAUGGAUGUUUAGAGUGGUGUAAAAAGACCGGAGUUUUUACCACUGAAGUCACAGAAAAACAAAUAAAAGGGAUUUUGGAAACUUUGGUUUUGGAUAAUGAGAUAAUGCAGAUGACAAGUACCGGAUAUGGGGAUUUUGCAUCUAUUCCCGUUGGCAAAACUUGUUACAUAUGCAAAAACAAGGGCGUAGUUAAAGGGGGAAAGAAAUCGGUCGACUCAACUUCCUUUCCAUGUUUUUCUUGUCAACGAAUGAGCUUUUGUUCACCAGAUGGGGCUGUCUCUCCAGCAACAUGUGUCUAUUAUCAGAAAUGGUUGGAUUUCUGAAUGAGUAUAUUACUACUAAUUUGUUUUGAGUUUUUUAAAGUGCCUAUUGCAGUUUCUUUAUUCUUUCUCUUUAUAACUUUAUUGCUAGUAUCAGUUUAGAAAAUAUGGAGGUUGGUGGUCAUUGUUAUCAGUUUAUCAGAUUAACAUAUCUUUACUACCAUUUUGUAAAUCGAUUUGCUGUACUGAUGAACAUUCAACUUGUAGGUCAAGUUGUGUUUUUUAUUGCUUUGUAAGAAUCUUACAGUAGUACUGGUAUGUUAUAUUUUGGUAUACUUGGUUUUCUGGGAAUAAAA